AUGAAAUCCAUACCAAUGUGCCGCAAUAACAACAACAGCAGCAGCAAUAACAGCAACAACAACAGUGGUUCGACCGUACCCACGGUAGCCGGCGGCCGCGUGCAACGCAAGCGCGGCGACCUGGAAGACGAGAAGAUCCAAAAGUAUUUGUCUAAGCUCAAGGAUCUGGUACCGCUCAUACCCAAGGACAAGCGGAUAUCCCGGCUGGAGGUGAUCCAUCACGUGAUCGAUUACAUAUGUGACCUGGAGGACAUGCUGGAGAACCACAGGUCGGUGAACGCGGACGCCGUCCACUCGGCCGCCGCGGCUGUCAUGCUUUCGUCCUCGGUAGCCGCUGUCCGGCAGCCACUGGGCAUCAUAUCGACGCCAAACGCGCUGGCCGCCGCCGCCGCAGCCGUCGCCGUGGCCGCACAGCCGCAAUCGUCCUCCGAAUCGACAAUGUCCCCUUCUUCUCGGACACAAGACAAGCUGUCGAGUUCGUCAGACACGAGGGCCGUUAGCUGUUAA